CCGCGGCAAUUCAAACAUCCGGUGAAGCCGGUCUCCGGAGAAAAAAAAUAUCCAGGUUUGAGUUUAGUGGGUCAUUCGGGGAAACGGUCUCCAGCUGCUCGACCACAGAGGACGCGUUUCAAUACAGCUUGCGCAGAUUUAAACCAUGCUGCUUCGCAAAGUGAGCCAGUCUUCCGCACUGUGCGGCGCCAUUCUCAGGAUUCCUCCUGCGCUGUCUGCAGGUCAGCGUCAGGCCGGGGCUGUGCAAAACGCUCGUCUCUACGCAAGUCAAGCUGCAGAGGCAGUGCUGGAGAAACCAGCAGCAGUCGGAGCUGAUGCUGCCUCUGCCGUGGAAAAGAAGUCAGCUGCUGCUGAAUCCAAAUCGUUUGCUGUCAACAUUUUCAAAGGGCAGAUCGCAACUCCCCAAGUGUUUCCAUUCCCAUCAGCCUUGAAUGAGGAGCAGGAGCAGUUUCUCAGAGAACUCGUGGGCCCCGUCAGCAAAUUCUUUGAGGAGGUAAAUGAUCCAGCCAAGAAUGACGCUUUAGAGAUGGUGGAGGAUCACACCAUGGAGGGCCUGAAGGAGAUGGGUGCUUUCGGCCUGCAGGUGCCGGCUGACCUAGGUGGCCUCGGCCUCUCAAACACACAGUAUGCUCGACUGGUGGAGAUCGUUGGCAGUCAUGACCUGGGGGUUGGCAUCACUCUGGGAGCACACCAGUCUAUUGGUUUCAAAGGCAUCCUGCUUUUUGGGAAUAAGGCUCAGAAGGAGAAGUACCUGCCCAAGGUUGCCACAGGUGAACACAUCGCCGCGUUCUGUCUGACUGAACCAGCCAGUGGUUCUGACGCCGCCUCCAUCAAGACCACAGCUGUUCAGUCCCCCUGUGGAAAGUACUUCACUCUCAAUGGAAGCAAGAUCUGGAUCAGCAAUGGAGGCAUAGCAGAGAUUUUCACAGUAUUUGCGAAAACGCCCCUAAAGGAUCCCAAGACUGGAGAAGUGAAGGACAAGAUCACAGCCUUUGUUGUGGAGAAAAGCUUUGGUGGAGUCACACAUGGCCCACCAGAGAAGAAGAUGGGCAUUAAGGCGUCCAACACGGCCGAGGUCUACUUUGAUAAUGUCACUGUGCCGGCUGAAUGUGUGCUCGGAGAAGUAGGAGGAGGAUUCAAGGUCGCCAUGAACAUCCUGAACAACGGGCGGUUCGGCAUGGCGGCCGCGCUCUCCGGCACCAUGAAGGCGGUCAUCGCCAAAGCCGUUGACCAUGCAGCCAACAGAACCCAGUUCGGGAGCAAGAUCCACACCUACGGCACCAUCCAGGAGAAGCUUGCUCGCAUGGCUUUGAUGCAGUAUGUCACAGAGUCGAUGGCCUACAUGAUUAGUGGCAACAUGGACAGCGGAGCGACUGAGUUCCAGAUCGAAGCUGCCAUCAGCAAGAUCUUUGCCUCUGAAGCGGCAUGGGUCGUGACUGACGAGUGCAUUCAGGUCAUGGGUGGCAUGGGUUUCAUGAAGGAUACAGGUUUGGAGAGAGUCAUGAGGGACCUGAGGAUCUUCCGGAUCUUUGAGGGAACCAACGACAUCCUCAGACUCUUUGUGGCUCUCAAUGGCUUUCAGAGCGCUGGUACCCAGUUGAAGAGUUUACAGAAGGCGCUGAAGAACCCGCUGGGCAACGCUGGAGUGCUGGCAGAAGAACUCACCAAGAGAGCAAAGAGGAAGGCCGGCCUGGGUACGGGUCUGACGCUGCAGGGGUCCGUGCAUCCUGAGCUGGCGCCGAGCGCUGAGCUGACGGUGAAAGCCAUCGAGCAGUUUGGAGCUGUGAUUGAAGAGCUUCUCAUCAAACAUGGCAAGAAGAUCAUUGACGAGCAGUUCGUCCUGAAUCGAGUUGCAGAGUGCGCCAUCAACCUGUACGCCAUGGUGGUCGUCCUGUCCAGGGCGUCGCGCUCUCUGACUCAGGGCCAGGCCUCAGCUGAGCACGAGAAGGUGCUGUGUGAGACCUGGUGUAUGGAGGCUCACGACAGAGUCCUGAACGACAUUAAGCUCCUGCGGUCGGCUGAAUCCAAAAAGUUGUUCAAGAACCUGCGGGGCAUCUCUACAGCCAUGGUGGACAAUGGAGGAGUGGUGGCUCCUCAUCCUCUGGGUUUCUGAACACAGAACUCUCCCUGGAACCUCCCAUCAGUUUGCUCCUUUUGUUCUCCAUAGUUCAUAGUCUCUAAUGCUGUGCUCCGUUGGUUUUCUCAUAGGAUUUUUGUUAAGAUCCUAUCGCCAUUAUCAUCAGUAGCUGCAUUAAUACAUCCGGCAUGUAGAGAAAAACACACACACACACACACACACACAGAGAGCAUCAGGAGGAACUAGCCAUCUAUUAACCUAGAAUCUAAUCUAUUAAAGUUUUAUUAGUAUUCUACAAUGUCAAGCUCACGUCUCACCACACUGUGCAGUUAUUUUCCCAUCAGGUUUGUUAUUUAUUCAGUUCCAACUCGAGGCCUGCGUUUAAGUCUCUCACGUGUGCAGAGCUUGAAACCAGCCUUCACUUGGCUUCGCAGCUGUUGUGACUGUAAUCAAUCGAACAAUCUCACAAUAAUAAUGAACGUGUAAACAGCAAUGUCAAUGCAACGUAGCGGUAGGAGGCCAGUCGGCAGCUGCUGGGACUGUUUUCACCAUGUUAUUUAUAGUGUGCUGUUGUGGUUUUCUUCACGUCUACGCUCACAAACAUUACAGCCUCUGCCUUAGAAGCUGCUCCACGGACGCUGGUCCGGGUUGAUGAGUGUUUGCUCAGUUUAAGGCUUCCACGUCCGUCUGCCUCUGUUCAAGAUGUUUUGCUCAUCGAAUGUUUCGUGCACAGAUGUUUAUGCACGUGGUGAUGUUUUAGUCGAAGCUUGAAUGAGAUAUGACUCUUCUCUGAGCCGUUUGACAUUUUGGCGUCUCUUCAGCCGGGUUAUUUAUGUAACUGUUUGGUCGUUUGUACUGAUCUACUCUGAGGUUGGUUCAACAACACGUUUGGGUUCGUCUGCCUGAUCUAAUGUCUAUUAUUGCCUAAUUUGUGCCACCAUUUAUUCUGUCAUUAAACAUAACAGUUGCCUCUGUAAA